UCCACUCUGAGCUGUACUGCCUCUCUCGGCGUGAUCUAACAAUUAGCACUCUUCAAUGAGAUGUUUCGAACUACGAUGGCUGUGUUUGUUCUUUCCAAAAUCAACUUAACCAGGCCAAGCAAGGAGUCCAAAACAUUAAAAAAUGAAUAUUAUACUAAACUUUAUUUCACGGUGAAAAAGGUGGAUAUGGUUAUGUGGUGAGAUCUAAUUUAUUCAAAUUGGUGUCGUAACCCAUACGGAAACCCGUUAUUAUUUAAGUGAAUUACAGACAUUCAGCUGACGCAAGGGGCCACCUAUUUUGUAAUACGUUAGAUAGAGUCCGUUCGGUCAUGGUGUAUCAUGACUAGCUGGAAUCUUCUAUCUUGACUGCGGCUUCGUGCUGGCAGUUGGGUGCCUCUCGCUAGAGGCUUCCCAGGAAAAAUCUCUGCAUACUUUGGAAGCGCAGUGACUGUGUCUGUAUGUGAGUGCAUUUCCAUAAAUGUCAACACCAAGAAUCCGUUCUGUUACCACGCUUGCAGAGACCAAUGACAUCAAGAGUUCGGCAUAGAUGUCUGUCUGUAUCAACGCUGGAGAAGUGAUGGACUCUUCGAUGGGGGCGCAGUGCCAUAGCGAAGGGCUAUGCCGCCGACUUUGGCGUGGUACCUGCCACGUAUCGGAAGCCUUAUGGCUGGAACGUUGAACGUUUCCGCAUGUACAUGCUAUCGCUAUGUUCCUAGAUGGAGCUUCCAUUGAUUAGUUACUGGUUGCCUUCUGGAUCUGCAUUCUCAACUAAAAUAACAGGCAAGAUGUGCCAGCUAUUGGUGAUUCUGACAUGUUUGUUGCCAUUAGUUGUUUCGGAGACGACUAGAGAGAGUUACAUUUCAAAACCAGAACGUCCAGAUGUGCUUGUUGUGAUUCUUGCUUCUAAUGAGGAACAUCUUAUUUCCACAUUUUUUGGAGGCUUCGAACGGCUAAGCUAUCCCAAGAAAAAUAUCGGUUUGUGGAUUCGCUCAGAUCAUAACCGAGAUGAUACCCCGCAUCUGCUUGAUGUUUGGCUAGAAAAAAACGCCAGGUUUUAUCAUAGCGCGUCCGUAGACAUUCGGAUGCUUCCUCAGGAAUAUGAGGACAACCCUACGAAGCACAACUGGCCAGUAUCGCGAUACAAGACGCUGAUUCGACACAAAGAAGAUGCAUUAUCUUACGCCAGGGAGCAAAAGAUACCAUUCGUCUGGUUUCUGGAUACAGACGCCUUCAUCACGAAUGAAAACCUCCUUCAGGAUCUGAUGGCUGAAAACCGAACUGUGAUUGCUCCACUUCUGCAAUCGAUGUCAUUAUAUAGUAACUUCUGGGGUGAAAUGGAUAAACUAGGGUGCGCAACGGCACGUACAUGCAAAACAAACAAUCUAAUGAACUUCAAAGACAAGUAUUAUGUUCGUUCGAAGAACUACAUGAAAAUAGUCGAACGUGAGCUAAUAGGUAUCCAUCCGGCAGCUUUGGUCCAUUCAGCCGUAUUGGUCGAUCUGAGAGGAAGAAACAGCGACUGGCUAACCUUCCGUCGGGAAAUCCUUGAUCCAGCUCAAGAGAAAAGCUUGCCUCUUGAUGAUAUCAUAGUGUUCGCUCGCUCAGCUCAAAAAGCAAAAAUCGACCAAUUCAUUACAAACAGAAAAAUCCAUGGCUGGAUGCUUGCCUCAACGGGUACAGUCAGUAUGGAACAGCAGGAACUAGUUAACCUAAAGGUCGAUGUGACACAUAAGGACCAACCUUUGCCAGAGUCAGACGUUCUCCGUCGACUAACACGAAAACCGGUGAAGGACUCACUUGGAGUUGAUCAAGUUUAUCUUAUUAACCUCCAAAGAAGGCGCGACCGACAUGAUCGAAUGAAAUAUUGCUUUACGGAGCUAGGGGUUAGAUAUAACUAUAUGCCUGCUGUCGAUGGGAUGAAGAUCAGCGCUAAAAUGAAAGAAUCUCUUGGCAUUCGCCAGUUACCUGAAUAUCGAGAUCCGUACCGAGAUCGCAAUCUCACACUCGGCGAGGUCGGUUGCUUCCUGAGCCAUUAUAAUAUUUGGCAGGACAUCCUAAAACAAGGUUACAGGGAAGCAAUUAUCUUCGAAGACGAUAUUCACUUCGUACCUUACUUCCGGAAAAGGGUGAUGGAAACUGUAAAGGCGAUUCGUGAUCAAGGGCAUCUAGAACUGGUCUAUCUAGGUCGAAAGCGGUUAGCAAACGCCAGCGAGCCGUACCUAACGGGUACCGAUCAACUUGUUCAAGUUGAUUAUUCAUACUGGACCCUCAGUUACUACAUUAAUCGAAGAGGUGCUCAAAAAUUGAUCGAUGGUGAACCGCUCUCAAAGAUAGUCCCAGUCGAUGAAUAUAUACCGAUCAUGUUUGACAGGAAAUACUUCGGCCACGUGAAACAUCACCUCGAGCAGCUAAUUCGGGAGAACAAUUCGGAUCUUUCACAGCUUUUCUAUGUUGAUACAGCGAAAACAGAAGCCGCACCUCCGCAUAAGCAAAUUUAUGACAGCGUGAAAAAUAGUUCACUCCUUGACCAGAAUGAUUCAGCAGUAACGCCUUCAGGCGGAAAUCCUGGAAGUAGAAGUUGUUUCAACUGUCUGGGAGAUCACCACAUGAGUGAAUGCACUCAGCCUAUUGAUCGGAGAGCCAUAGCCGAGAACCGUCGGAAACUACAACCAAAACAGCCAUGUUCGAAUACGCGAUUUUUUGAAGAUGAAGAACGGGCUUCACGAUUUACACCAGGACGUUGGGGUCGUCGUCUUCUUGAAGCUAUAGGCGUACGACGGAACGAGUUACCACCAUUCGUUUAUAGGAUGCGAGUGCUUGGGUAUCCUCCAGGUUGGUUGCAGGAGGCUGAGGUUGAGACUUCCGGGUUGAAGAUUUUUGACGGCCAUGGAAACGAAGUGAAGAAAACGCGUCCUAUAAAGACGAGAAAGGAAAAAGCAGCUGCUGAAGAUGGUGAAGUGUUAUCGGCAGGCUCAGACGAUCUAGACUCCGAUGAAGACGAUGACAACGAGCUACGCUAUGACCCGACGAAGUUAAUUGAGGUUCCUGGUUUUAAUAUGCCUCUUCCAUCUAAUUGUGUGGACGAUCAUAGGCGGCAGGGUAUGCCGCCCCUACAACCUCACCAGAUGAAAGAGAACGCUCUGCAAAGCAUGAAGGCAAAACAGGAGCCACAAAAGAAAUUUAUGCGUCGAAUGAAUCUACUACCGCCCAAAAAUACGGCAAGCAAGUUGGACAGUGAAACAGGUGGCUCUGACGAGAAGUCGCUUCUAAAGCGAAAACUGAACCUUCCAUUACCAAAGAAUGAAACGAGUGGGACUGCUUCAAAUGGAGCUGGUGAAGGAAAAGCUGCUUCAGAAACGGACAAAACUGAUGAAGCCCCAGCAACGAAAAAAAUAUGCAAGAGCAUUGAAAGUGACGGAAUAGACGAGGCUGGACAGACAAGGGAUUCUCAGGAAAGGCCUACGGAAGGCGCGGACGAUAAUAAGGAGGCAAAGAGGGACAAUAACGCAAUGGAUGAUCCCACAUCGAGCAAAAGUUGUGUAAAGCUACAUCGUUCGUUGUCGCUGGGUUCUGUGCCAGGAACUCCAAUUCCUGCCUCCAUAUCACGAGUUGUGUCACUUCCCGAUCCGCAAAAAUGGAGUAUCGGUGUAGCCGAUCAUAUACCGUUCGAGAACCUGCCAGGUGCAACGGGCACGUUUGAGAAAAUGCGCGGCCUUCUAGCCAAAAUUAAAGAUCUACGCAACGGCGAUAGCUGAUCAUUUACUUCUAAACAAUGUUUAGCAAAAAUUCGUUUAUAAAACGGGAAAGCGUAAGGUUGACAAAAGGAAAAGAGGCCAUGAAAUACUUCUCAAGUUAGAUAUUUUGACAAAUCACCUAGAUUUAUUCCUCCCUCGAUUUAUCAGUAUACAAGUUUAUCCGUUCAUAUUGAUUGAGGAUUAUUAGUCAUAUAUAUCACGAUUGUUUGUUGGCUCUAAGUGUUUUUAAAAAGCGCAGAACAGCCUUAUGAAUGCAUCGGUGAAAAUGAUGUAAAGUUAGGCUUAACAACAGACACAUUCACAUUUAUAUAGAUAUAUAUAAAACCUAGACCCAAAACGUAAUUAUAGUGGAAUACAGAAGGUCAUUUCUGGACCUUGAACAAAAUAUGGUAUUACGAUGUCGAGCGCGUUAUACAAAAAAUAGGCAAGUGUUGCCCUGUAAGCUGAAGUAAAUUCGCAAUAAUUUUCUGUGUGUAGAGAAAUUUACAAUAAAUCACAUUUUUUGUGUAAUAAGUUUAACACCAACGGACCCUAACAAUAACUAACUGACGGAAGGUCAUUGUUAAAAUGCAAUAUAUACUAUGAAUAAGAAUCAUAAUGCCAAUUAGUAUCAUAUUAACCUUAACC